UUGUCUGCGCUUUAUUCCAAAGUGUUUAAUUUGAACGCAGAUUCGACAUGUCAUCGUCCGGUAAAGACAACAGCGGUGCCCAACAUGCCAAUUACGUGGGACCUUACCGUUUGGAGAAGACGCUCGGGAAAGGACAGACAGGAUUGGUCAAGCUUGGAGUCCACUGUGUAACAUGCCAGAAAGUCGCCAUAAAGAUUGUGAACCGUGAGAAACUCAGCGAGUCAGUACUAAUGAAGGUGGAGCGAGAAAUAGCUAUUCUGAAGCUCAUAGAACACCCACAUGUUUUAAAGCUACAUGACGUCUACGAAAAUAAAAAAUACUUGUACCUGGUGCUAGAACAUGUGUCUGGUGGUGAGCUGUUUGACUACUUGGUGAAGAAAGGCAGGUUAACACCUAAAGAAGCCAGGAAAUUCUUCAGACAGAUCAUGUCUGCCCUGGAUUUUUGCCACAGUCAUUCCAUAUGCCACAGGGAUCUGAAGCCAGAGAACCUGUUGCUAGAUGAAAAGAACAACAUCAGGAUAGCAGACUUUGGCAUGGCCUCCCUUCAGGUUGGAGACAGUCUGCUGGAAACCAGCUGUGGAUCUCCGCACUACGCCUGUCCAGAGGUCAUCAGGGGAGAGAAGUAUGACGGGAGGAAAGCAGACGUCUGGAGCUGUGGGGUCAUUCUUUUUGCCCUGUUGGUGGGUGCCCUGCCGUUUGAUGAUGACAACCUGAGGAAUCUUCUGGAGAAGGUGAAGUUGGGAGUGUUUCACAUGCCACACUUCAUCCCUCCAGACUGUCAGAACCUUCUCCGUGGCAUGAUUGAAGUGGAUGCUACCAAAAGACUAACGUUAGAACAGAUCCAGAAGCACACAUGGUACAUAGGGGGGAAGAAUGAACCAGAGCCAGAGCAGCCUGUGCCCAGGAAGGUGACCAUCCGCAGCCUGCCCUCUGCAGACGAUAUCGACCCAGACGUACUGGACAGCAUGCACUCCCUGGGCUGCUUCAGAGACAAAAACAAACUACUGAAAGACCUGCUCUCAGAUGAUGACAACCAAGAAAAGAUGAUCUACUUCCUGUUGCUGGACCGUAAAGAGAGAUACCCAAGUCAGGAAGACCAGAAUCUCCCCCCUCGCAAUGAGAUUGAUCCUCCAAGGAAGCGGGUGGACUCUCCCAUGUUGAACCGACACGGCAAGAGGAGACCAGAGAGGAAGUCCAUGGAGGUCCUCAGUGUUACAGAUGGAGGUUCACCUGUGCCGGCCAGGAGGGCUAUCGACAUGACGCAGCAUGGACAAAGUAAAUCAGUGUACAGUAAAAGCUUGGAUAUUCCUGACGCCAGUACAAAAUGCAGCAAAGAAGAAAGGUCGCGGUCUAUUAGUGGAGCCUCCUCUGGUCUCUCCACCAGCCCUCUCAGCAGCCCACGGCCUGUCAGAAAGUUUGGUGUACCGCCACAGACCCCAGACUUGCCACAGUCCCCUAACACCAGCCCAUGCCCAUCCCCAGAGCCAGUCCUCAAUCGCACAGGCCCGCGCAUCUCCACCCCCAACUCACUCGCUCCAAACAGCGAGCCCCUGCCGGCAGAACUCAACAAGACGCAGACGCUCCCUGCCAAGCCCAAAGUUAUCCCAAAGCCCCUCCAAGCCACACGAUCCAACCCGCUCCCCGAAACCUCCCCAGAUCCAGCAUCUGCAGCCAAAUCAGAGCCCUCCACUCCCUGCCAGCUCCCAUUGCAGCCACCCUCCGCCUCUGUGCCCCCCACCCCUACUUCCCCAUCCUCCCCAUCCUCCCCCUUUUCCCCAUCCCCCAUCCCCAGUGCUGCCAUCCAGAACAGCCCCCACGUGCGGCGCUCCCAUUUUGCUGCCAACCCCCAGCUCUCUGUGCCCUUCAGCCCAGUGGUGCCGCUGUCGCCCAUCCGGCUGCACCACUUUCACCCCGUGGCGCCGACGCCUUCUUCAUUCACUGAUCACCCACCCAAAUCUAUCCCCCUCAUACAGGUUACCCCUCACCCCUCCCCUCGAGGCAGCCCCCUCCCCACCCCAAAGGGCACCCCAGUGCACACUCCCAAGGACAGCCCAGCUGGCACCCCCACCCCAACGCCGCCCCCCAGCCCCUCCAUUGGAGGUAUGCCGUGGCGGACGCGUCUCAACUCCAUCAAGAACAGCUUCCUGGGCUCGCCACGCUUCCACCGCAGGAAACUCCAAGUUCCCACACAAGAGGAGAUGUCCAGCCUCACACCAGAGUCUUCCCCAGAACUUGCCAAAAAAUCCUGGUUUGGUAACUUCAUCAACCUGGAAAAAGAAGAGCAGAUCUUCAUUGUCAUCAAGGACAAGCCUCUCAGCUCCAUCAAGGCAGACAUCGUUCAAGCCUUUCUCUCGAUCCCCAGUCUGAGCCACAGUGUGAUCUCUCAGACCAGUUUUCGAGCAGAGUACAAGUCCACAGCCGGCCCUACAGUCUUCCAGAAGCCGGUCAAAUUUCAGGUGGAUAUCACCUACACAGAGAGCACAGCUGCCACUAAGGAGAAUGGCAUCUACUCUGUCACCUUCACCCUGCUCUCAGGACCCAGCCGGCGCUUUAAGCGAGUAGUGGAGACGAUUCAGAGCCAAUUGUUAAGCACACACGACCAGCCUGGGGUCCAACAGCUGUCUGGCAGCCCAUUGAGUAACUUCUUUGACGUAAUUAAACAACUUUUUUCAGACGAGAAGAACGGACAGGUGCCCUUCCCCUCUGGCACGCCCUCCAAGCACUGCCCCUCGCCCAUGCACGCCAGGAGGCACGAGCCAGAAAAUAAUGACACCAAAUGCCCUGCUGCGGGCCGAGACAGAGCCAAGUUGUCGGUGGCGUCUGUGGGGACACAGGAGGAGUCUUAA